AUUGCUAAUUUAGCUAUUUCAGCCCCCGAAAUCCUGACACAACGUACUCUGGCAACACUGGCUGACACGUAGCUCAUUCGUAUUGUUAUUUUCGGCAAGUGUGCGACGCGUGCAUCCAACACAAACUAAACACAAAAAUGGCUCCACCACAGAGAAUGCGCGUCGCCAACGAGAAGGCCAGCAAAUAUGUGACGAUGCGUGGCAAUGUCCCCAAAUCCUCGAAAACGAAAGAGGGUCAGUAUCCCGUGGGUCCCUGGCUCCUGGCGCUGUUCAUCUUCGUGGUCUGCGGCUCGGCCAUUUUCCAGAUCAUUCAGUCGAUUCGUGCCGCGUAAGGAGAGCUCUCCCUUCGUUCCGCUCCGCACAAGUCACCAGCUAGGAUGGGACACCUUUUCGCAACUUUCCUAUAGACUUUCCCCAACACUCACUCAGAACAGAACCGUAGCU